AUGGGGACAAGAAGUCAAUUAUGUGGAAACGAAGCUAUGGAAGGUUCGCAUAACUUCUUUGUUCGGUUGCUGACCAAGGACGGUUGGUUGGAUGACUCGAACAUUGACAUGGACUUGCAUUUGCUACGGGAGCGGCACAACAAGUUUGGCAAGUGGGAGGGUUCUGACUGGAUGAUACUGGACACCACUUUUCAGAAAUGUGCUGCCUUAGAUUACACGCAAAUGAAGUCGUUUAUGGGAAAGGACGAGAGGCAGCACAACAACGGUCUAGUGGGAAUGGUGAAGGGCGAAGGGCAUAAGUUGGCUAAAUCAUGGUCAUCUGUGAAUCAAGUUUUUUUGCCCUUCAACCUACAAAGGCAGAAACACUGGAUCUUACUUGUUAUCGAUUUAAAAGAGUGUGAGAUAAGGGCAUAUGAUUCAAAAGUAGAUUUGUACAGAACUCAAGCCAUCCAACGGGCUGUGCAGCCGGUGGGGAAAAUACUGCCCCGGUUGUUACACGAAGCUGGAUAUAUUGGCGACGGUCUACUUCGCAAAAGGGAGUGGCCAGUUAUUCGCAUUUUGGAUGCACCCCAACACGUAGGCGGGGGCGACUGUGGGAUGUACAUUCUCAAAUACUGCGAGUUUCUAACCUCCAAUGUAGACCUAGCCAAUAUUUCCCAUCAUGCCAUGCCCUUGUAUCGGUUGAAGCUCGCUGUGCAGUUGUUGCAAGGAUAUUGGAACCUAUGA